AUGGGAUUGCCCCUCAGGAUGAAUAAUAUACACGCUCCAACCGUGCCCUCGGGCCCAGCAAGCAAUACGUCGAUCAAUGGUCACCUCAGCUGCCUGACGUUUGUCGAGCUCCAGAGGAAGAAGGAAGAUAUGGAGGCCGAAUUGAAAGCUCUAGUGCGCACUACCAGAGCUCGCAUUAUCCACCUCCGCAAUGACUACAAAGAGCUCAUGGCCAUGGUUGAGAAACAACUCCAUGAGCACUUCGCCAGCUUGAAAGAAGAGGACGUACCCGAAGUUCCGCUCCCUGGGGGUGCCGACAACUUGGCAGAUCAUCCCGCAUCUCGACUGCUAGAGGAGCCAUUCGCAAAAGUCAACAGUGUGGUUCCAGGAAGCCCAGCCGACUUAGCCGGCCUGGAGCCGAAUGACCAUAUCCGCAACUUUGGCUAUGUCAACAGGUCAAACCACGACAACCUCAAGAAGGUGGCUGAAUGCGUGCAAGGAAACGAAGGUAGGUUUGCUGGGCUGUCACAUUCUGCCCUUGUGAGAGAGGAAUAG